CUAGCCCCAAUAGUCGUCAUUAUUGGUACAUUAACAUUUCUCUCCAUUUUCUCACAGUGUAAUAUGGUGUGUUAUCCAGGCUACAGACACCAUGAACAAUUUUAGCGGACGUGAAAAAUAUUUGAUAUCAAAUACAUUGAAUUGCUUGCCUGUAAUACUGCAAGGACGUGCUGUACUUAUAGAUCUACGAAAUGAGACAUCCGUGGCGGGGAUCAUCAGCAUUGCCGACGGCCACAUGACAUGCGAGCUAACCGAUGCAGUUUUCAUUGAUCGCAACGGUAAAUGCCAUGCAUUCGAUAACUUUUUGAUACGCAAUCGAAUGAUUCGGCUGCUGCAUGUGCCCGCGGAUCUGGACAUCAAGCAUGAGCUCUCCCAGCUGCAGCGCAAGCCGGCUAACAGAAACAAAACAAAGACCAAGCGCACCUUCAAGCAGAAGCGAGCAGAGGAGCGACACAAGGAAACUCUACAGAUUAUUAAGACCCAAAAAGUUGCUGAUAAGCCGCAAGAAACAUAACAUUAAUUUAGAUUGU